UUUUGGUUGUUCACGAAUUUGUUUUCGAAAGCACGCGAAAAAAAGAUCUCGAGAUUUUUUGCGAUUCUUCGUGUGAAAUUAAUUGAUACUUCACUGUAAAGAGCACAAUCCACAAUAUUAAUAAAUUUAUAGAAAUAAAUUUCUAUUCUUGAAAAAUUUUGUGGAGGCAUCAAGAGACUUAUUGUGAACUGUACAUUUGAGUCUGGUCAUUCCUGUAAAAAAUAUGGCGCAUUAUAAAGGAGCAGCCAGCGAAGCUGGCCGAGCUAUGCAGUUAAUGAAGAAGAGAGAAAUUGCCCAGCAAGAAAUAGAACUGCGGAAGAAGAAGAUUGAAGAUGACUUGAAGAUUCAUAAUAUAGAAAAUAAGUUUGCGACUCAUUAUAACGCUGUCGAGCAACAAUUGAAGACUUCCACAAUUGGAUUAGUUACAUUGAAUGAGAUGAAAGCCAAGCAGGAAAACAUAGUGAAAGAACGUGAAAGAAAACUUGCUCAAAAGGAACGGGAGAAAGAACAGGAAAAGGAAAGGGCACUUGCAGCAAAGCAAGCAGAAAAGAAUAAACAGAAGAGACAGAUUCAAGCUUUAUCUUUUAACUUGGACGAAGAAGAAACCGAAGUCUCCGAUGACGACAGCACAGACAAAUCUGUGAAAUCAGAUAGUGAGACUGUCGUUAAAAAGAUCAAGAAAAAUCCAGAUGUGGAUACGAGUUUCUUACCGGAUAGAGAAAGAGAAGAGGAAGAGAAUAAACUUAGAGAGGAAUUGAGACAAGAAUGGGCUACAAAACAAAAUGCACUGAAGGAGGAAGAAAUUGAAAUCACAUUCAGUUAUUGGGAUGGAUCUGGUCAUCGUCGAAGUGUUAUAAUGAAGAAAGGUAAUUCUAUUUAUCAGCUUCUUCAGAGGUGUUUGGAAGUCUUGAGGCGUGAAUUUAGUGAACUUAAAACAGUGAUGGCAGAUCAAUUAAUGUAUGUUAAAGAAGAUCUUAUUUUACCACAUCAUUACACAUUCUACGAUUUCAUUGUAACUAAGGCACGAGGAAAGAGUGGACCUUUAUUCACAUUUGACGUUCAUGAUGAUAUUCGAGUUAUGCACGACGCUUCUGUUGAAACAGAGGAAUCACAUGCUGGAAAAGUAUUACUUAGAUCAUGGUACGAGAGGAAUAAACAUAUUUUCCCAGCGAGUAGAUGGGAACCUUUUGAUCCAACAAAAAGUUAUGAUAAAUAUACAGUAUCAGAUAAAAAUAAGAAGAAGGAUAAAAUUUGAUAAGUUUUUUUAUCGACAAAUUGUUUAUCACAAAACAGAAUGAUUGUCAUUUUGUUUGCAUUUAAGAAAAUGCAAGAAUUUAGAUAUGAUAUGAUAUAUAAAUAUUCAAAUGAAUAUCUAAAUAUCAUCAAUUGUACAAUUGUGCUGAGAUAAAACUUUUUUUUAUUAGGCAAAUGACAUAACAUUGUUAUAUAUA